AUGGACGGAACUUUGUUUGCAACAUCAUUGGAAAACUUGGCCUUUAUAUACUCUCAGUUGGACUCCGUAGGAGUGCUAACUGCUGAAUUUCCAAAUGGUGACAUGUUUUUCGAAAACGACAUCCAAAAACUAAACUACGCUUUUCUUCGGUUUCUGGACUCAAACCCAGAACUUGAUGGAUCUUCAAAGACCACCGUUCAGUCCAAGUUGGACUCAGGUGUCUAUACUUCGAUUUACGAGCUAUUUCAUGAUUUGAAAAUCGCCUCAAUCGUCAAAAUUUUGGAACAUGAAAACAACCCUUCAUUGUAUGCCAAGGUUGACAAAUUCUAUAGAAUAGCUACCGAAACGCUCCUCAGGGAGGCAAUCAGACUGGGUGUUUCUCUCAAACAGACAAAGAAAGGACUUGGUGGUGAUAAAGCUGGCGAUUCAACUACAAAUAGUUCCAACGUAGAUACUGACGCUGCUGAUGUCAUGGAAAACCAGGAGGAGAAAAUCCAAGAAAAGCUAUCUCAGUUGCAGCCUUUGGACUCAACGGAUGGUUUGGUUGCCUCAUUGGAGAAAGAUUUCAAUAUUAUAACGUCAGUAUUUUACAACAGCACGGGAAAGGCAUUAUCUGUAUUCUCCUCGGGGAACAUACCAUUCUUCACCUCUCUUAAUAGAUAUCAGUCUGAACUAGAUGAUCGUGAGCCGAUAAUUGACCCCUCAUUGGGAAUAAAUAUCACUAACGUGAUUCCCAAUAUUUCACUCUCAAAUGUUGAUAAUAUGUCAAAGUUCUCUGACACCAACAUAAAAAUACCAAACAUUAGACAAAUUUUGGAGAACUAUAUGCACCCAAAUUGGUUGAGGCUAAUUUCUUCACAGUGGCUUAAACACGGCUCCGAUAUUACCUCCCUUAACUUUAGCUUUGCUCCUAGUUACGACGAAACUCAAUCUAUUAUUUCCAAUGAUUGGAAAGGUUUGACAUGGUGUCAACAAGUUGGGUUUAAAAAUCUUGUUGACAUAAAGGAGAAAUACAACGAAUUACUUAAAAUGCAGAGUGAAAGUUUGGAGGCCAAUGAAGAAAGCGUUAAGAAUCCCGGAGAAAGUUCUAUUCCGUCAUCCAGUAGUGAUAAAAAUGAAGCUACUGAUGAAUGUAAGACAACAGGCGAAAUAAAAGAACUUGAAGAUGGCAAGGUCGAAGAGAAAGACGGUGCAGUGCUAGAAAACUUUGAACUAAAAACGAACGAUGCCAGUGCUGGCGAAAUAAAUGGAGCAGUUGAACUGCAGAAUCAUCCAGGAGAGAUUUCCUUAAAAGAGAAAAUAGACCUUGAAAACGUCUUCCAGUACGAUGAGAUGGAACUAAUAGGCGAUGAUGAAACCCAGAUUGUUCAAUCUGGAAAAGUACAGUCUACUAUUAGCGAUCUCCUCUGCGAACUAAGCGAGCUUCGUCAGCAAAGGCUUGAAAAACAAAAGAAACAUGCCCGCUACAACAAAACCCUUUUGGCAGCAGGAGGUAAAAUAAAUAAACCUGCUGUCGAAGAAGUCAAGUUAUACAAUAAAAUAAGAAGGCUAAUCACAGGAUUGAUUGAACAUAAGAAUAUUACGCCUGUCGACUUGAAUAUUGAUAUAGACAAAAGAAUUCCUGUUCUUCAACACACUUAUCAAGGAACCUUGCCUGCAUCUUUCGCUGUUUCAAACCAAAAAACAUCCAGACCUAAGAGAAGGAGGUGA